AUGAUAUAUGUGGAGGGAAACUCGUUUAUCAUGCAGUAUGAUGAGGAUGGAUUCGGUGAAAUGAUUGAGGAAGGCAGGGCACUCUGCAGUCUGCAUGCAAAGAAGGCGCGUUUUGGUGUGAAUUAUAUUGCAGAUGGCGGAAGCAAAGUCGAUAGACGACAAGUGUUUUCAUCCAAACCACAACAAAGCAGCCAGACGGCCAUCGGAAAUAGGGCAACAAGUUCUUAUAUACUGUCUUUCGAUAAAUCGACAAGUAAGAGGAGAAGAAGCGCUUCAGAGACGGCGGAUCACAUAAUGUCAGAGAGGAACAGGAGACAGGAACUCUCUAGAAAGUUCAUUGCACUUUCCGCAACUAUACCUGGCUUGAAGAAGACGGAGAAGGCGCACGUACUUGAAGAAGCCAUAAAGUACAUGAAAGAACUAGAAGAGCGUGUGAAGGUGCUGGAAGAAGAUGGCGAGAUAAGCAUAACGAGAUCUCAUGUGUGCGGGUGCGGCCACGAGACACUUCCAGAAGUUGAAGCAAGAGUAUUUGGGAAGCAAGUGCUCAUCAAAAUUCACUGUGUCACUCAAUGCGGCGUUCUCAUCCAAAUAUUCUCCCAACUUCAACUCCUUCAUCUUUCCAUUUCCAGCAGUAACGUCUUACCAUUUGGGAACACUCUUGACAUCACCAUUAUUGCUCACAUGGGUCACAAAUGCAGCUUCAUAGUGAAGGAUCUAGUCAGAAACCUCAGACAAGUGGCUAUGCUUAAGGAAGAAGAAUGUCAACACCUACCAAAUAUACCAAUCAAGUGCACUCAUUAAGACUACAUCUCAUGUAUGAAUAUUAUUUUAAGUUAUUCAGUAUAACUGAAAUUCAUAUGCUUCGACUCUUCCAGUAACGUUACUCUUGUCUACAUUCUUU